GAGCUCCCCAAUCCUCCCUAUUGGGCUAGUGUCGGCAAACAUAUCAUCAAUAAAUAUUUCUUUCUUAACUAUUUCUUAUUUUUUUUGUCCUCCAUGUUCCAAUGGUUAUUUUCGGUUAGCUUCAGAGCGGUAGAACGGGCUAAUCUUGAGGUGUCUGUGGCCUCGUACUACUUUGUAAACCAUAACCAGAAGAUUCUGUUCCGAGACCUCCGGUCCAGAACGAUACCAUUGAAAAGGUCAUCGAUUGAACCCCAAUCCCGACCAACAUUCCCCUCUCUAAUUCCUGGUUACCCCAACUUACAGCAUGAGUACUUACCUUGUCACCGGCGCCUCUCGUGGCAUUGGACUCGAACUGGUUCGUCAGUUGGCCGCCAAAACAAGUGAAACUGUUCAGACUAUCUUCGCUACUGCCAGGACCCCUGGAGGCCCUCUUUUUCAGGAGCUCUUGCAACAGCACCCGAAUCGGGUAAUCUUCGUGCCUCUUGAUGUCACAGAGAAAGAGAGUGUCAAGAACGCCGUGACACAUAUUGCGACCGCUCUCAAUGGAAAAGGCCUGGAUGUGCUAAUCAACAACGCGGGUGUAAUGACGCCUGGCACUGUCGAGAAUAUGAACGAUUUAGAAGAUACAUUCCGCGUCAAUGUGGAAGGGGUUCAUCUUGUCACAAGAGAAUUCCUCCCACUUCUGAGAAACGGAAAUAAGAAAAGAAUCGUCAAUAUCUCGACAAGUGCAGGCUCUAUUCAGUUGCAGCCAGCGUAUAAAGCGAUGCCUACUCCCUCCUACAAAAUCUCGAAAGCUGCAUUGAACAUGCUCACCGUACUCUACUCCCAAGAGUUGGAGGCUGAGGGUUUCACCGUAUUUUGUGUGAGCCCUGGUUGGCUGAAGACCGAUAUGGGAAGCGAGGAUGCGGAUCUUCCAGUCAACACUGGAGUUGCCGCUGUUCUGGAUGUUGUUUUCACCACCGGCAAAGAAAACAAUGGACGGUUUCUCAAUAUCCACGUACCGGGAUGGGAAAAUAACCCAGGUAUGAACCAGUACGAUGGGAAGGAGUUGCCGUGGUAACCGAUAUAUCACUACUGGUACCCUGUGCGACAUCCAUGUCGCUGUCCUCCUAGGCCCACUAAGUCUGACUAGACUAUAUCUUGAUCGUGGACUAAUGGGCUCGCGAGGCACAUCGGAAUAUUAUUCUCGAAGUUUGAAUGCUGUUGUCGGUAGUCUUCCGUCUUCGUGUUUAAUAGAUUCCUGCGCGAU